GGUCGUACUUUGGGCGGAUCCACGUGCAGGUUGCAGUAUGGACGGACAGGAAAGCCUCUGACGCUCCGCAAGCUCCCUCCUCUAUCCAACAGUGGAGGAGAAAAAUGGGACCCAAGAAAGCCCUGAAACACAGACUGUCACACGACACAGAAAGAGAGUUUGGAGGAACUCUGGGUGCCGUGUGCAUUCCCGUUUUCCUCCCACUGACCGUUCUCUUCCUGAUCUGUGUGAGCCAGUCACCGGAGGCCAGCGUCCUCCAGUGGCCCCCCUGCCUCCCCCCCGCCGACCAGCUGUGGGACCCGCUGGCUCCCACGCUGCUGCUGGGAUGGAUCGGACUGCACGCCCUCCUCUACUUGCUGCCGUUAGGAAAGGUUUCAGACGGAUUAGCGCUGAGGGACGGGAGCCGCCUCAAGUAUCCCAUAAAUGGUUUCCACGGCCUGUGCAUCAGCGCCGCGUUGCUGUCGGUGCUGCUGGGGCUCGGCGCUCCUCUUGGAUAUCUGUUUGAGCUGCUGGUGCCGCUGGCGGUCUCUGCCAUCGCCGUGUCGUUCCUGUCCUCCGUCUACCUCUACGUCCGCUCUUUCUGGGCUCCCUCCCAUGCUCUGGCCCCGGGGGGAGACACAGGGAAUCCCCUUUAUGACUUCUUCAUUGGGCGGGAGCUGAACCCUCGGAUCGGAAACUUUGACCUCAAGUAUUUCUGUGAACUCAGACCAGGUCUGAUUGGUUGGGUGGUCAUCAACCUCGGGAUGCUGAUGAAGGAGGCGGAGCUUCGCGGUUCUCCUUCCCUCGCCAUGAUCCUGGUCAACUGCUUCCAGCUGCUUUAUGUGGCAGAUGCUUUAUGGAACGAAGAGGCCGUUCUGACAACAAUGGACAUUGUGCAUGAUGGCUUCGGGUUCAUGCUGGUGUUCGGCGACCUGGCCUGGGUUCCCUUCACCUACAGCCUGCAGGCUUCCUUCCUGGUUGUUCACCCACAGAGUCUGUCUUUGCUCGCGGCGGCGGUCAUAGUUGCCCUGAACGGUGCUGGGUAUUACGUUUUCAGAAAAUCCAACUCGCAGAAGAACCAGUUCAGGCGAGACCCGACUCACCCCAGCGUUUCAGCACUGGAGACCAUCGCCACAGCAACAGGGAAACGGCUGCUGGUGUCAGGCUGGUGGGGUCUCGUUCGUCAUCCCAAUUACCUCGGCGACCUCCUUAUGGCGCUGGCGUGGUCCCUGCCAUGUGGCUUCUCUCAUCUCUUGCCAUAUUUCUAUGUGGUUUACUUCACCGUCCUGCUGGUUCACCGGGAGGCCCGGGACGAGAGGCAGUGCAGGGCCAAGUACGGACCCGCGUGGGACGCCUACUGUCGCCGAGUUCCCUACAGGAUCUUCCCGUGCAUUUACUGAAAAAGGACAACAUGCUGGAUUUUUUUAAGUACUGGUGCACAACCUCAGUUUACAAAGAACCAGAAUGUCAAAUUUAAUUCACGCAGAAUGGAGCCUGCUGGUUGAGAUCAUUGUUUACAUGAGAACUUGGUUUAGAUGGUAGAGAACUGUAUCAAAUUGUUUUUGUUCUGAUUUUUAAAACCCAAGACCGUAAACCUUUCCUUUCUUUUAACAUAUGUGAAAAUAAUUUCUGCCGAGAUGAGACAAAAAACAAACUCUAAAGUGUCUUUUUUAUUAAAAAUCACAACCUUUACAUUACAGUGUCCAUUUGGUGAAGCUAAAUAUAAAUACAUUCAACAAAUUAGGUUUCUUAUUUGUUGCACCUUUUAAAAUUGAGUUAGCAUUUAACACUUGUUUUCUAAAAACAUUUUAAAAGGAAUUUAACCAUAGAAAGCUUUCUAUGUUAUGUUAUUUUACAAGUAUUUUAUUAGGGUUUUAGGUAAAAGGGCAACAAAAAGUAAUGUUAUUGUGAGGUGGAUGACUUCUAAAUCUUUUUAAAAGUUAAAAACCUGAAAAGUGUGCAUUUAACAUUCCAAUACCGCCAAAUAACAAUUAGUGCCUUUAAAGUUACCUAUGAUUAGCAAACAAACUCUACCUGAAUGCAAGUCUGUUGAGAAACCAAAACCUGGCGUCUCUCGAAAAUCUUUUCCAUUUGCAGUUCAUCUAAAGGCGUUUCUUUAGAUGACAUGUGUCAGGAAGACAUGUUGAAGAAGGUGCUACUUCACAUCGAGAAACAUGGCGGCACCAUCGUGCAUCUUGAGGCUGAUGUUGCCACCAUGUUCGAUAUCCAAUUCAGAUCAAAUCCUAUUUGUGUUAGGAAGGUCCAGAUUGAAUCCAACUGAGAAUCCGUGGUGAAACUUAAAACUGAUGUUCACAAAAACCUUCUGUCCAAUCUGAUAACUGGAGUUAUUUUUGCACAGCAUGGGCGCCAAAUUCAGUUUCUGGAAACUGACAACCACAGGACUGGCGGCUGCAGCCUGCGGCAAAAGAUGAUUCUACAAAAUAUCGACUCAGGUGUGCCGGAUACAAAAGCUGGCAUCACUUUUCUUUCUCUUACGACAAUUAUAGUGCGAGUCAUAAGCGUAGGAACCGGGGGGGACGUGUACCCACCAAUAUUGGAGGCAGGUGCAUUUGUCCCCUAUAAUAAUUUCACUGCAGCUGCGAAAAAAUAUUAGAUUUUGAAAUCUCCCGCUCUCGUGCUUUUAUUUUGAAGGCGCACCACAGCGCCUUCAGCACAGCGCUUCCUCUCUCCUCCUUCCUCCCCCCUCUGAACGGAGAAUUGCAGCGCUAGAAUAGUGAUGCUGUUGAAAUUUUAAGAGACUGAGGAAGCUCUGGUGAAGUCUUCAAUUAGUUUAUUGAGUAUUAACCGGUUUAAAUUUUUUUAAUUGACCAAUAAAAUAUAUCAGAAUCUGGUGGCUAGCUUGUGUGUGCUGCCAGAGUAUUUAUCUUGCUAAUUGUGAGGCAAAUGAUAAAGUGAGUGUUCAUCGUGGAAGUCAUUUUGCUUGAUGAAGGACUGAAGCCAUUUUGUUCAAAAGGAAAUGGAAGAAGAUGUUUCUGGGGCAGUUUGUCACCUUGAGAUGAUAAACGCACAUACAAGCCUGUCACAGUAAUCAAUAAAUCAAUUAAUCCAUGAUGCUGAUCUUUCAGAUUGUGUUCUUGCAUUAUUUUUUGCCAUUACCAUUAUAUUACUUAAAAAUGGUCUCAAAAUAGCAAUGUUAUUGUUCAUCGCAAUAACUUCUGCAACAAUUUAUCGUGCAUCAAAAUUUGCAGUUUGUGUGACAGGUCUACAGAGAUGGAUGAAAAAUUCAUCCAUCAGCUAGAAAAUGUGCAUCUCUCUUUUCCCUCCAUUGUUUACGUUUGUGUCGCUGGUGUUACACAUGAAACGUAACUCCCCAAUGAAAAAGAAGAAAGCAACAAUAUGGGUUUACUAAAAAAAAAAAAUUACAAAUAUAGUAACACGCAGUAACUUGGAUAGUAACUUUAAUCUGAUUAUUGGAUUGUAAGAAGUGACGUGUUAGUUUACACAUUACAAGGGGUCAGAUUAGAGUAACUCUUUGAUAACACUGUUUGACAUUUCUGCUGAAGCUAUUUACGGACCUGUCAGGUUUCCGUUGAACUGCAGCGGGUAGCCGUCACAGUGUCUUCAUUUAAACUGUUCCAGGCAACCUGCUGCAGUUAAAACGCUGCUCGUUUUCAAGCAGCUGCCUUCUUUAAAGGAAAGAAAAUCCACGAUUUGUUGCCAUGAUUUCUAGUCUGACUCGUGCCGCACGUUGUCUGCUAUCGUUGAUUGUGACUUUUUUUUUUUUUUGUCUCCAAACAAAUUAAAUACCCGUUUCUGACAACAGAGUUAGAUAGAAAUAUGUGCCUCUUUUCCAUUAUGAUUCACCUCGCAUUUAUUCUGCAGAUGUUGUCUCUCCCACAUGCAGUCAGAGGUCUGCACUCAGACGACGGAGCGCUCUUCAUUUGUCACCUUUUCUGCCCUUUUGCGGCGCCGCUGGCCUCUGGCCUCACCCACACGCUGUUUUCUGUUGUUUUUCAUAUGCAACGUGCUAAUUAGGCGCUUGUGCAAUGAUAGGAUUGUGUGCAGGAUUUGUUCAUGCUUGUACUUGGACGCAUUUGUACACUUCUCCCUUCUUCUUUUAUUGCUUGUAUUUCAGGAAAAACUAUAACUG